CUCCAAAAAGCCAUGACAGUGUCAGAUAUAUCAUAAUAAGAUGAAACAAAAUUUGAUGACUUGCAUUAAAAAAAUGGGGUUUAUUUUAUUUUAUAGUACAAAUAUUUGAUAUUUGGAGUGACCCUAUAAUUGUCAGAAAAUCUUUAGAAUGUCAGAGCUGCAAAAAUGGCAUUGUAUAGGCCUGUAAACUAAGAGAAAAUAGACACUUUUUUUAGCAUCUGAGUGUUUAUUUCUAUAGUCUAAAAGCUGUCAUUUUUUUGAUUUUGAUAGUGCAGUGAUAAUAGCGAGGUUUUUGAGAUGGUUGGUGAAAAGGAGUAGGCAAUGGCAUCAACUUCUUGUGCCAAGCAGAGUCCAGUAGUGCAUAUGAAACAAGUAGAACCAGUGAUGAACUAUGUUCAGUAUCCUUUACCUAAGGCUAGAUAUGAGGAAGUUGCAUCCAAUCCUAAGCUUUUUAUGUCUACUUUGAAGGAGCUUCAUGAGACUAUGAGAACCAAGUUUAUGAUCCCCAUUAUAGGAGGUAGGGAGUUAGACCUUCAUCGGCUCUUUGUCGAGGUAACAUCCCGCGGUGGUCUUGAGAAGAUUAUUAAAGAGCGAAGAUGGAAGGAAGUGACUGCCAUUUUUAACUUUCCUUCCACUGCAACUAACGCGUCUUUCGUGCUACGCAAGUACUACAGUUCCUUGCUUCACCACUAUGAACAGCUAUACUUUUUUCAAGCACGGGGCUGGGCGCCUGGCUCAUCCGUUACAGUGCAGAGCCCGCUGGCAGCGAAGCUUCCAGCACAAGUAACUGUGCAGCCAUCACCUGAAUAUCAGGCAGCUACAGCCCAGCAACAAGGGACAAACACUGCAGAGCUAUGUGGAGCAAAAGUUGCUUCAUCAGAGACUUCUCAAGUGAUAGGUGUGAUUGAUGGCAAAUUUGAGAGUGGAUAUCUUGUUACAGUCACUAUAGGGACAGAGAAGCUCAAAGGUGUACUCUAUCAGGCACCACAGAUGAUCCAAUCAGGCCAUUUUCUGCCACAAUAUAAUGUUCCUGCCAACAAUAUCACUGCCAAUGCUCGUCCUGUGCCGGGUACUCAACGCCGUCGACGCAGAAAGAAAAAUGAGAUAAAAAGAAGGGAUCCUGCUCAUCCAAAACCCAACCGAAGCGGCUACAAUUUCUUCUUUGCUGAGCAACACGCGCGACUGAAGCCUCUUUACCCCGGAAAGGACAGAGAAAUUAGUAAGAUGAUUGGUGAUCUGUGGAUGAAUCUAUUAGACCCUGAUAAAGCUGUCUAUCAGGAGAAAGCUGUCAAAGAUAAAGAGAGAUACAGAAUCGAAAUGGAGGUUUACAGGGAAAACUUGAAAACCGAGCGAGUUGUUAGCAACGCGAUCCCAUUGCAGCAAUGGUUACCUGAACAAGAUUCUGAUAUGGUAGAUGCUGAUGUGAAAACUGAUGAAAUUGAAGGAGAAGAUUCUCUUCAGACUCCAGAAAACGAAUCUAGUUCUGGUGAAACUGAUUCUGAAGGUGAAGAUAAAUCUACUACAGAUAAGAAUCUUGAUAAUGCACCAACAUCUCUGAGUCUUCUUGCUGAUUACAUGAGCAUGGACUCAUUAGCGAAGGCGGAAGGGUCUGAUUCGUCUAAUAAAGAACGGAAAAACGGAGAUCAGGAUUCUGAAAAAGUUGGCAAUGUAGGAGAUAACAACUUGGAGAAUACUUUAGUUGAGUCUGAGAAAGUGAAAAUACCUGAAGGACAGUGAAGUUUCUAUCAAGCAGUAGGAAUUUUUUUUCUUUUUUUGCUUUAAAUGUUUAUGUUUAUUGUAGGCAUUUUCUAGAUUACGGCUGCAAGUAUUCGGAUUAAUCGAUCCUUUUUCGAUGUUUUCGUGUUGAACUUUUUUUUUUUUUCCAGCUUUUAGUUCAUCUUGAUGUGAAAAGUAGGUAGUUAUGGGCUGGAAUGGUAGAAGUUUUGGCCAACUUUCUGACUGUUUUGUAGUGAGGAGAAAUUAUGAUGAAUUUGUUUAUUUCACUUUCAAUAUAAUUCAUUAAAUAAUUUAUUUUAA